AUGGCGGGGUAUGAAGACUGGUCGCAACAGCAAUUGAUUGCAAGAAUACAAGAAUUAGAGAAGCAAGUCGGAGCGAAUACCCAAGGCCCGACUGAUGAGAAGUCCUCGGUGCCUACGAACGAACAGACUCCCCCACCGGACUCGCCAAACUCAUUAGCCUUUCGCAGAGCCAACAAGCCGCCACCCAAAGCCUUCGAUGCCUCGAAAUACGCCACACGGUUGAUCGCACUGAAAUUCGCAUAUUUGGGGCAGAAAUACAAUGGAUUUGAGCAUCACAACAACAAUACCACGCCGUUGCCUACAAUCGAAGAAGAGGUAUGGAAGGCGCUGGUCAAGACACGAUUGAUAAAUCCCGUACCUACGGACGGUGAUGAGAAAAGAUUUGAAAGGAUCGAUAGAAAGACCUUUGCGAAAUGGGAUAGGGAGGGCGCAGAUGUAAACUGGGAUGGCUGCGAAUACUCCAAGUGUGGCAGAACAGACCGGGGUGUCAGUGCGUUUGGGCAGGUCAUCGGUGUGAGAGUCAGGAGUAACAAGCCCAAACCUGUAGAAGAGGUGGAAGGGGAGAAGGAAGUGGACAACGAAGAAUCUUUGCCUUCUUCAAACGAUACUCAAGAUGCUGCCUUGAAGCCAUUCAACGAUGUCACCGACGAACUACCAUACAUCCAACUUUUGAAUCGCGUCCUUCCUCCCGACAUUCGCGUUUACGCGUGGUGCCCAAACCCACCAGAAGACUUCAGCGCACGCUUCUCCUGUAAAGAGCGGCGAUAUAAGUACUUCUUCACAAACCCUUGUUUCGCGCCCGUACCCGGCUCCUCUGGUCUAUACAAACCCAGCGCAUACGGUGCCACCACGGCAGAUGACCAAGAAACGAUGCGCGAAGGCUGGCUCGACAUCGAAGCCAUGCGAAAAGGAUGCAAAGAGCUAAUCGGCCUCCACGACUUCCGCAACUUCUGCAAAAUCGACGCGAGCAAACAGCUAAUAAACUUCCAACGGCGAAUCUACCACGCUGACAUCGAGGAAGUCUCCCCACUAUCUCUCCCAGGCUUCCUGUCGCACCCCGCUCUUUCCGCUCCCUCUCUGAAUGGAGAGCAACCAAAACUAUACUCCUUCACCCUCCACGGCUCCGCAUUCCUCUGGCACCAAGUCCGCUCCCUAGUCUCGAUCCUCUUCCUUAUCGGCCAAGGUCUCGAAUCGCCCUCCCUAGUCCCUCAACUCCUCGACAUCACCGCUAACCCCACACGGCCCAAAUACGAAAUGGCAUCCGACGCCCCACUCGUCCUAUGGGACUGCAUCUUCCCCCACGCCUCGGAAGUGCAAACCUCCGAAGAGCGAGAGCACGGCUACGAAGACCGCCUAGAAUGGGUAUACAUCGGCGACGAAGGCGGCAGCGAGCCCAAAGCCAGGGGAACAGGCAAAGGCGGCGGUCCCAGCACGAUCGGCCGCGGGAAAUGGGGUCGUGGCGGUGUGAUCGAUGAUGUCUGGGAGAUGUGGCGGGGGAACAAGGUCGAUGAGACGCUUUCGGCGCUUUUGCUUGAUAAGAUCGCGGGUUUGGGACAGUCGACGCUGGAUGCUGAGGUGCCGGUUGAGCAGCAGAGUAUUGGGAUAGCGAGGGGCGGACCGCGGUUGUUUGAUGGAGGGGAUAUCGGGAAGGCGAAGGGGAAUUAUACGCCGUUGCUGCAGAGGGAGAGGCAGGAGUCUGUUGAGGUGGUCAACGAACGGUAUAGAGUGAGGAGGGGUAUUGAUGCUCGCGUUAAAACGGGAGAUGAUGAUGGGGACGAGUAG